CGUCCUAGAAGCUCUCUGGCUCUAUCAACAACAACAGUGUCAAAAAACAAAUACAUCUAUCUCAAGCAGACGACAUGUUGUAGUAUCAGUAUUACUUUAGUGCAGACUCUUUAGGCGUUAGAAAUCUCUUUUCCCCCUUGGCGCGUGAAACGACAGUGAAAUGGAUGGAGACGAGCAGGAAGACUUACUAGUGAACGUCAGUGAUUCAGACGAUUCCCCGGAGGAGAGCGACGCCUAUUUGGACCUGAGCAGGAAGGUUAUUCAGGGUCCACCAUUCCGGCACGGCCUCGGGAGACAAUGUUGUUUCAAAAAACGAGCCGAGUUUGUGGGCACGGGGGUCCUGUGUCUGGUGUCAGCCACCGCGCUGCUCGUGCUCUUGCCUUUGUACUUGGAAACGUCCACCCGAGUUGCUGACAUCUACCCAUCUAUACUGUUUUGCUCUGCGACCUCGGUUGUUCUUAGCUUUUCGUGCAUCUGCAUUCGUGCCAAGUUUCGAAUCUUUUCUUUUUCCUCUUUCAAAAAGAAUGUGAUACCGCCCAUCUCCCUGUUGUCCGUUUUACAACUAGGGUACUGUCAAGGCCUAGGUGGUCUGUGCAUUGUGUAUGCUCUGGAUCGCCAAAGAGUGCUGUGCCACCUCCAAGAUCCCAUGAAAGGAAUUAUUCUUGUUUUCUCAAUGAUUUAUUAUUUCUGCUUUUCGAAGAAAAUCAUGGGACUUCAAAAAGUAUUUUGUGCUACAACGAUUGUCAUAGGACUAUUUGUCAGUGUUGACUAUGCUUUAUGUGAUGAAUUUCACUGUCGUGGGUAUGAACGUGAGAAAGUAGAAGACGAUGGAGGACAGUGGAACCGCACUACACACUUUCUAUGGGGCCUAACUUACAUCGCUGGACUAGGACUGUGGUGUUUUCAUUUCUCAGUAUUGGAAGGUCAAAUUGUAUCCAUGCAUUUGGAAAAUCAACUGGCUUGCAAAAGUCGUAACUCUCUUCUUGAAACAAUUUCAUGCAUGGUCUCGUCACAGAAUGGUAAUAUCCCGCCAGAGGGCCAGUGGGAUCCAAGUGAGCCUUCCCUCAUCGGUAAUGAGUAUGGAGCUGGAGAGAACAGUAGUGGGAACAGAAGAAAUGAAGACCAACAUAUGCCUGGAGGUUUGGCAAGGCAGAAUGGGCAUAUUAAUUCGACUCCCUCUCCAUCAGCCCUAAGCAUUUUGUUUUCUGUGAACUUGGUCAGUUUCUUCUUUAUUUUUAUUUCCUUCUGGACCAGCAUGUUGCACUUUGUAGGAAAGAGUUCUUCCUGGAGUGAACUCCUCAACAAUUCCCACAUUGCUAUUCUAUGCCACUUUCAACCUGAUGCUGCCAACAACUCUUCAUUAACCUCACCUGCAUGUGGAAGUCUGGCUCAAUACGGGUGGAUGUUUGCUGCAAGUUUUCUAAUAUUUUCAUUUUCUGCCUACCAUUUCCUUAUUAUGUGUCAGUCAUCAGUGUUUACUGUGGCACUUAUAACAUCAGCUUUACCUUUAGCAAAUAUAUUUUGGUCAGUUUUUAAACUUGCACCUAACAAUGGAGGGUACAUUGAAUGGUGGCCUAACUUCACUCCAGAGCUUGUUUGUACUCUGCUGGGAAUUCCUAUAAUUGUUACAGGGUUGGUUCUAAUGUGCAAGGCCCACUGGACAAACACAACACAAAAAGAACUAUGCUGUACACUCAGGUAUCAUCCACGCCCAGCUCUUACUUGAGGUGUUUAGUUUAGAUUUAGCUGACAGUUUAUUUUUGUUGUUAAUGAAGUCACAUCAGAACUUCCUGAGGUGUAAGUAAAUGGCUGUGCCAAGCUAAGAGGACAUUUAAACUCUAAGAAAUUUGACUUAAAUGGUAAAGAGUAGUUUUUUUGUUGUUGUUUUUUUUUAAACUGGAACUUGGACUUAUGUACUGUUGGUGCUCCAUUCUCAUUAUCAUUGUUGUCUGCUGUUUGCUUCUGGUAUUUACCAUAUUUUACCUCAUGGAGCAGGUGAAUUGAAUUUUAAUGACUGAAAAGUUUUAGGAGGACCCAAUUACCACACUUAAUUCUAUACAUUUUUUGAACAAUGUUUUCGUUGAUGAAAGUCACUUUUGCUGGUGUGGGUGGAUUGUAUCUCAAAUUUUAAAUUUUGGACAGGAAGCGUUAAUGUUUUGACUUAAUUUCUUUCCCAUUUUUACCCUUCACUUCAUUCUUAUGGGAAUCCCCUUUGCUCAAAAUAAAGCUACUUUCUAAAUUAUUGUAAAUUAAAGAGAUGGUAUUAUCUGUUGAUAAUGAGAGCCUGUAUUCCACCAUUUUACUAUAUUCGUCCAUCACAUAGAUAAUUUUAAGUAUAGAAUGUUAUGUGAUGUUAAUAUGUUCAUAUAUAUUGGCACCCCAUGUAAGUUAAAUUGGUGUAUGAAUUGAAUGAGUCCCAUUUUGUCAUCUUACACAAAUGAGAAACAGAUUUUUUUUACAUCCCUGUAUUGCAAUCCUGGCCGAAAAUCACUAGAAGUGUUCACUUAAGAUGCUGAAAGUCAGUUCCUUUAUGACCCAUGGACUUGAAGAUUAGCAUUGGUGCUUUAUUAGUUUUGCUCGUGGGCUUAAUCAUGUUUGUGGGUUGUAAGGUAUUGAUUUCUACAGAUACCAGACGACUAAGGUACAGACAAUCAAUAAAUUGUAGUUCAACUUAAGAUUAAAUCAUGCUGAUUUUAAACUUUCUAUAUGUUUUAUAGUACUGUAUUCAAUACAAAGUUGUGAGGAUGCCUUGCAGAAAUAUUUUAUUCAGAAAUGUCAUCAGGAUACACUGAGCUGUUUUGCUUUGUGCCUAACUGGAUAGUGCACAACUUUAAGAUAAGUUGAAAGUUGGCUUUCUGGAAUCAGUCCCACGUUCAAGCCUGCAAUCUUUCUUCUGCCGAAUUUUUUGAGUGCUUGUCCUACCUGUCGAAUGUGGCACGUAAAGGUAGCUGUUUAAUCCUGGAAAGAGAAAGGAUAAAACAAAUUGAUAGGUUUUAUUUUUUAACCCGAAGCAAGUGUAAGUCCUUUAAGCUUCUUGUUACUUUAUAAAAUCCAUAGAGACUUAGUGUGAAAAAAUUAUUCCUUAAACCAGCCAUGUAAACUUAACUUUUUCUGUAUUUUUGAUCAUGAUAAUCUUAUUGUGUGUUAUGUACGUAGUAAUAUAAACUUGUAAGACUGUACUUUGUGAAGCAAAGUGUAAAAGGUAGUAUUCUCUAUUUUGUUCUGAGAAACAGGAAAAUUUUUUUCUGAAGAGUUAACUGUAGCUCAUGGCUGCUUAGUGCUGAGGAUGACAGUGUUAGUCAAGCCAGCUCAUUUCUUGGUCAUAAUAAUCUCUUAUUUUCUGAGAAUAGAUGUUGAUCGAUCCAGUAAAGAAUGAUGGACUGAAGAAAUAUGUUUCAGUAUUCAUUAGUUUUUUCUUCCAAACUUUAGGUAAGAGUUUUUUGUUUUGUUUUUUGCCAUAUCCAGGUUUUAAACCAGUUUGUUUUAUAUAGGGUGCAGCAAUGCAUUUUUUUUUAUCAGGAUUGAAGGAAAGAUUUUUCCUGUUAUUUUCUGGAUUUGACUUGCAUUGCUAGUCAUGCUGAGAAAUGUUAUUGAGUGGAAACUUAAGUUAUCUAUUGGCUAGUCUUAUUUGUUACCAUUGUCUUUGUAUAUGCCUUUCAGAACACACAACAAAUGGUAAGAAUAGCUGCAUGUACAACAACAGCUUUCCUCUCCUAAUGAGCCUGUACAAUGUCUGCUACUACUUUACACAUACAAGCUAUUCUUACUGAUUACAGGGAGUGUAUUCUAAAUUAAAAGGCCUCUUCUUGUGCAAAGUACAGAUUUUUUCAAGUCACUUAUAUUUAGAUUGCGCCAAUUUACAAUAAUAUACAUAUUAGACAGUGUUAAUUUAAAUAGUCUUCUGGCAAAAUGAUAGAUAGUUGUGCCAAAGGAAAGGGUGAAGAUUAUUGCUCUAGCAGCUUAUCAAAGCUAUGUAUGUCUUAUUUUUAUUACUAUUAUUGUAUUCAUGAAUGUAACCAUUCUAAUGUUAUUCUAAUUUCUACACCACAUACUAUUGUUGUUCUUCUUAAUCUAUUGUUGAUGUUGGCAAUUCAAAUGGACAACAUUCCAAAGAAUUUUGUAGGUUCAUGUUAAGUUGCAUUUUUGUUAAAAUCGUUAUUCAGUAUUAAUGCACUUCUGUGCUUCUGGGGUUUUUGUACUUUCAUAUGCUCCAUAUAAAUCUUUGCUCCAGCUUCUCAAGAAUUGAGUCUCCAAGAUUCCAAGUUUAUCUUGUCCCAUUAUAUUCCAUCAUUGUUUGAAAACAUGUAUUAUCAAAUGUCCUAUUGGCCGUUUUAAAGAGCACUUUCAAAGUCUGUUUUGUACCAGAUUUAUUUUGGAACUGGCUCUCCUCAACUUGUGAACCGCACUAAUCAUCCAGUUGCUCAAAGUACAGCAUACAUAUACCAAGCUGUUUCUGGUGAUAUUUUGUCCACAAAUUUUAUAGGUGACUUAUGAAAGUUCAUGUUUUGCCCUUUAAAAGGAAUAGUCCUUGUGAAUAUAGGUGAGCUAAAAUAAUGUUACUUGGAAUCACUGUAAAUCAUGUCUGUUCUGUGUGGGUUUCUAUUGGACAAUAUUAUUCAUUGGAUAAUAUUAAAUGGUACACUUUACUUCAUUUGAAGUUAAGUUCCCCUUUAGUGUGUCUGAAUGUGUAGCAUGAGAAAAAUCUACUUUAGAAGUGUAAGAUUUAUUGUCUGUAUACCAGGCCGUUGCCAAGGCAGUUAUUCUAAAAGAAAACUAUUUUAAAUCAUUAUUUGUGUGCUUUUGCUUAGUUAAUUGUUGUUCAUGUCGAGGAGCAUAAUGAAUGAGACUUCUUGAAUUCAUGUGUUAAUACGGUAGCACGGAAAAAUAGGGCGGAGGGGGGUCCAGUUUUCAUCUUGAAAUGUAAAAUACUUUCCAUGGCUCCUAUUGAAUUUAAACCGAAGUUUGGAGUACAUUUCUGCAAAUUGUUUGUCCAGUUAACAGUGAUCCAGUUCUUCCACAUAAUUCUUUAUACAGUAUAGCUUUUCCAUACAAUAGUCAACAAUUACCCAUAGUUUUCAGUUUUCAGUUCAAUGGUUGCUCGAUGCUUAUGUUCUAGACAUACCAAGACUGCAAUCAAUGCCAAUUUGAGACAGUUUUACUGUGCUGACUUGGUUUCUUGACAUACAGUAUAACAAAUCUGUAAAAGUACUUAGCCAACAGGUGUAACGGAAGAAUAUGCUAAACUACAAUCUCCAAUAUGAGAAGUAUCCUCAAGUAUUAGAACUGAGUCUUGAAAAGAAUUGUGUGCUGGGGAUAUGUAGCCAUGUUUAUUAAGAUGAUGUGUAUAGGAUGAGGAUGUGCAUGUUGUUUUUAUUGUUUUAUUUAAAUUACAGUUGUGUAUAAUCCUAGGACCUUGAAAAUCUAAGUCCAAAAUUAUAAUCUGUUUUCUUCCAAUUGGAUUCUUUUUUGAUCAUCAGACUGAAGAAGACAACUACAAUUGGUUCUUAUAAUGAACUUUACUCAGUAUUCAACUGUUACAUGAUUAAGUGCCGUCCAGUAGUACUAUUCAUACUGCUGAAUUUUCUGUUAGUGACCUUAAUAGUUAGAUUGUGACAGGAAUUUCUCACAUUGAAAUCUUGAUGUUGAUUUAGUUCUAGGGCAUUGAUAGGAAUUUUGAUCAUGCCAACUGAAAUUGUGUAGAUGAAGUUAUGAGGUCUAAGAAUUUUCAUCAGAAACUGUAUUUCCCCUAAACUUUUUCUAUGUGAAUGUGGCAUGCCCAUCAACUUCAAACCUGUUUUCUGGUUCCACACUGGUUAUUCUUUUUCCCUAGUAUUCCCUAAUUAAUUUAUAAUUGGAUGAGAACAGGGGGAGGAGGUAGUCACAUUUGUAAGACUAACAGUCUUGGCUAACUUCUACCCUAGGCACUUCCAUUCACACUCCAUUAUAUUUCAUUAAAAGUCGUCUGACAAAGACCUCAAUGUUAAAAUUUUUCUGGGUUGCAAUUUUCUUAAACAUAUUGCAGAUCCAGUAGGAGCUUCCAUCAGUUAACCUGCUAACUAUUUGUUGAGGGAAAAAAAUAUUAUACAAACUAAUGUUUGACUAACAUGGAGUUGUCAGUUCAACUGCUACAUGAAAGGAUUUUUUGAGAUAUGUUAGUGCCGACAUUCUACUAAUGUAAAGUUGGUAGAAACAAAUAAAAAUAAACUGUAUUUCUGA